AUGGCAGGCAAAUGGUUAGCACUUUUAUUUCUCUUCACAGUGCUCCAUCCUAUUCCAACUGCAACUGCAUUUGGAGACUAUAAUAUCUCUGAAUCUAUGGUACAGACCAUCUCUAUUGAUAUUGGAUCUUUUAUUCCCAAAACUUACGGACGUGCAGGCCGGGACGAGCGAGACAAGCUUUUGGCAUUCAUGGGCUCUGGCCUGUUAAUUCGAGGGGAACGCCAGUUGUUUCAUGCAGACCCUGCCGAUCCUUUAAUUCCAGAGAGAUAUUACGACUUUUGGAAAUUGGAGUGGGAGAAGCAUGGGUGUUGCUUUGAUGAUAAUGGCUAUCCUGAGACAGCGCUGGCUAAUUACUUUCAGGCAGCCGUUUCCCGGGCACAAAGUUACAAUAUCUGGGCGUAUCUAACUAGCGCAGGUAUAACAGUAGAUGAAGAGUACGAUGUAAGCCGCAUUACCAACGCAAUUCAAACAGGUUUAGGAGUUCAGACGAAUGUUGUUCAAAUCCAGUGCGCCAGGCGCAGAAACAAAUUGGUGGUCACUCAGAUCUUCUUGUGUGUCAAUAAGAGAGCCACGGCUCUAAGAGCAUGCCCAACAGGAAGGCAAAUGUGCUCGGGAAGGCCUAUGUUCCCUUCAAGUGAGUCACAGUUCUAG